GCCUCUUUCUCUUUCAUCCCAAUUUGCAGCACUCUCUGUCUUCGCGGAAACUCCUCCUCCUGCACCUGAAAGAGGCGCCUAUUGACAAACUUGGUCGAAACGAGGUGAGCACUAGGCGGGGCUCGUCUCCAAUCCAUUCUAGGAUCGGGAGCUCUAGUAAAACUGCGAGAGGAGGCGGGGGGGCGAAACAGAAUAGAACCGGUGUCUUCGUUUGCUAAGCAAGCUGUGUGCAGACCCCCCCCCCCCCGCUCACACACACACACACACACGGCGUCCUUUUCUGAUCCACACCCCCUUGAGCGGUGAGAAGAGCCUUGGCUGGAACUGGUCUGCGCUGCAUGACAGCCCCUGGCUGAGAAUCCAGCCCAGCAGCCUGGAUCGGGAGUCUGCUGUGGAUCUGUCCGUGGGGAAAAAGCGAGCGAGAAGUGUCUGCGAGGGCACCUUGCUCGGGCUUAUUCCCAGGAGCGUUCUUCUCCCUUCUCUCUCUCUUUUAACCCCACCCCUGACCUUAUUAUCUGCCUGCCCAAGAUUAAGCUCAAAAACACAAGCUCAGAGAGAAAAUAGCAUGGGAUCAAGAAGACACCUGCAGAUGAAUUAAGACUGGAAUCAAACGGAACUCUGUGUAUAUUUCUCUAUGAAAGAACACGCUAGGUCUAUACUGGAAGAUCCCCUCUCCAAAGGAAAAGAGAGGGAGCGGGGGAAACGUGGAGAAUUUAAAGGACACCUUUCCCUGCCUUUGUUGAAUGAGAAGAACAGAGCCGGAUCAACAUGAGCACCAGCACAGUUCCUUUUCAACAAAAUCCAUACAACUCUGGAGGCCGUCCCACCAUCAUUCAGUGCUAUCGCUGUGGAGACACCUGUAAAGGGGAAGUAGUGCGUGUACAGAGCAAUCACUUCCACAUCAGAUGCUUCAUCUGUCAAGUGUGUGGCUGUGACCUAGCUCAAUCUGGUUUCUUCUUUAAAAAUGGAGACUACAUCUGCACCCAUGACUAUCAACAGCUCUAUGGCACCCGCUGUGAUAGUUGUCAGGACUUCAUCACUGGAGAAGUUAUUUCAGCCUUGGGCCGGACUUAUCACCCUAAAUGCUUUGUGUGCAGCAUGUGCAGAAAGCCAUUCCCCAUCGGAGACAAAGUUACUUUCAGUGGCAAGGACUGUGUUUGCCAAACCUGUUCCCAUUCUCUGAUCAGCAACAAACCCAUCAAGAUACAUGGACCAAGUCAAUGUGCAGGUUGCAAGGAGGAAAUCAAACAAGGCCAGUCACUCCUUGCCCUAGAGAAACAGUGGCAUGUCAGCUGCUUCAAGUGCCAAACCUGUGGAAUCAUCCUGACUGGAGAAUACAUUAGCAAGGAUGGCAUUCCAUACUGUGAAUCUGACUACCACACCCAGUUUGGCAUUAAAUGUGAAACCUGCAACAGGUAUAUCAGCGGCAGGGUCCUGGAGGCUGGAGGAAAGCAUUAUCACCCUACUUGUGCCCGGUGUGUGCGUUGCCACCAGAUGUUCACAGAAGGUGAAGAAAUGUAUCUUACAGGCUCAGAAGUGUGGCAUCCCAUCUGCAAACAAGCAGCAAGAGCAGAAAAAAAGUUAAAGCACAGAAGAACUUCAGAAACAUCCAUCUCCCCACCUGGUUCCAGUAUCGGCUCCCCCAAUCGUGUCAUCUGUGCUAAAGUGGAUAAUGAGAUCCUUAAUUACAAAGAUCUGGCUGCUCUUCCCAAGAUUAAAGCCAUCUACGAGGUGCAACGCCCUGACCUCAUUUCCUAUGAGCCCUAUCACAGAUAUACAUCGGAUGAGACGCUGGAGAGAUAUAGCUAUGGGGAGUCUCUUGGAACUUUGUCUCCAUAUUCUCAGGAUAUUUAUGAAAGCAUGGAUAUCAGACAGAGGCGAGCUUCCAGCCCAGGCUACAUCGAUUCCCCCACCUACAGCCGUCAAGGCAUGUCACCCACCAUCCCACAUUCACCACAUCAUUACUACCGCUCAGGAACAGAGAGUGGACGCAGUUCCCCCUACUAUAGCCAGUUAGAUGUGAGGUGUUCCACACCGACCUCAUACCAGGCUCCUAGGCAUUUCCACAUUCCAGCUGCUGCAGAGAGUAACAUCUACCGGAAACCCCCCAUCUAUAAAAGACACGAUAAUAAAUCUGCAGCUACAAAAAGUAAAACCAGUGAGGACAUUGCCCAGUCCUCCAAAUACAGCCCAGCCUAUUCUCCAGAUCCAUAUUACCAUUCAGAAACUGAGUACUGGACUUUCCAAGGAUCACCCAAAGCACCACGAGUUCGAAGAUUCUCUUCAGGAGGAGAAGAAGAUGGAUUUGAUCGAGGGAUGCACAAACUCCAGACAGGCAUUGGCAGGUUGAUACUGAAGGAGGAAAUGAAAGCACGAUCCAAUUCCUAUGCAGACCCCUGGACACCACCCCGCAGCAAAACCAGCAGUAGAGAAGCUCUUCACACAACGGGCUAUGAGAGCUCCCUAAAUGGCUCUCCCCGAAUGCACUACCUGGCUGACAGCGAUCCUCUCAUUUCAAAAUCUGCCUCUCUUCCGGCUUACAGAAGAAAUGGGCUGCACCGACCUCCAAGUGCCGAACUCUUCCACUAUGAUAGCACAAAUGCCGUCAACUGGGGGAUGCGAGAAUAUAAGAUAUAUCCUUAUGAGCUGCUUCUGGUGACAACAAGGGGGAGAAGCCGCUUACCCAAAGAUGUGGACAGAACUCGGUUAGAGCGCCACCUGUCGCCAGAGGAAUUUUACCAGGUGUUUGGCAUGACCAUUGCUGAGUUUGAUCGUUUGGCUUUGUGGAAGAGAAAUGAGCUGAAGAAGCAAGCGCGACUGUUUUGAAAGCACUGCAUUAUAAAUAUAUACAUACUUAUAAAUAUAUACAUAUAUAUUAUGCAUAUAUAUGUAUAUACGUAUAUAUAUAUAUGUAUGUACAUAUAUAUGUAUAUACAUAUAUAUAUGUCUAUAAAGAUCUCUAUAUUGAAACUGUAUAACUCUUUUUUGUUGUACAGUAGGCGCCCUGGGUGCUCUCUUUGGAAGCCUUUAGAGUGAAUUGAAGUCUCACAGAUAUUUUUAUGCUCUUUGUUUCUUUAAUUCCUUUUUUAAAAAAUGUAACUGUUAUUUGGAGAAUGUUUUCAGAGCUGGGGAGGUGGGAAUCUGUUUUUAUACUGAGCUGUCUUUUUCUUACAUGAAUGUCAGGCAGUCUUCGGCACUGCAGUAUCUCAUGCCUGAGUCUCUUAAAUCCAAGUGCAGACCAAGGAAGGCAAGAAGGCACUGGUCAUGGGGCACACACUUCUAAAGAAGCUAACAUGCUUAUCCCUCGCUCAUCCACUGACACCCUAAACCUGACCGAAGAACAUAAGGAGAAUCUGCUGGGUCAGACCAAGGGCCCAUCUAGUCCAGUAUCCUGUUUGCAGCAAUGACCAGCCAAAUGCCUUAUGUGUCCAUAUUGUGAAAUUCCCAUUACUCCGUUUCCUCAUUGCUUUGUCUUAGCCCCCUUCCAGGGCUGUGUGUGCACUGUGCUUUUUUCUUUUUAAUCAGAAUUUUUGACCAAAAAUAUGGAAUUUUUUGGCAGGUACGCAUUAUGUAACUGAAGCAUGUUUGGAUAUGAAGGAAUAAGAAUGGCUUUUUUCAUGAUCUAAUCAAAAUCCAUUUAGUCCAACAUUCUUUUUCCAACAGCCGCUGUUUGAAUCUAAAGAGCAGGUUGUUUGUCCUUUAGAGGUUCGUUCAACCUCUCUGUUCAUUAGAGGUAAACUGUCUCUGAAUGGAAAUUCCAUUUGGUUGCCAUUGCUGGUAGCCAUGGAUAGACCUAUCCUCCAGGAAAACAAACUGUAUUAGCAUACACCAAUUAUUUUUGGUCAUGGCACUUGUUCCAAUCCUAUGAUGAUUGGAAAACUUACUGAUCCCCACUCUGGUCCCUUAAUUUAUUAAAAUAUAUUAAUCAAGAUUGCUGAGAUCAGGUCCACAACUAUGAGGUGGUCUACAAGGACCUACACCCCCCAGCAGGCAUUCCUUUAUCGAAAUUAAUGCCUCCAUCCCCUCUCCACCUGGCUUGGGUUGGUCAGUGGCAUGGAAGAUGUGUAGUACAACUGUAGACGACUGGCAGGCUGCUUGGGCUGAUAGCUUGCACCUGCAUCAGACAGAGCCUCAGACUUGAACGGUGUGAAAAGAAGAAGAUGGUGUGCUGUCAGAGCAGACUCUUCAGUCAACCUCCCAUCUAGUCUCAGCCUUGUGAGAUGCAGCUUGCUCCUCCUCCCCACCACCACCUUCUCAGUUCUUCCAAUCCCCACAUGUACCAGGCUAUGGUCUUGCUUGGAGUGCUAAAUGUAUUCAGUAUUAAAGUCUGCAUCUUGCAUACAGACUCCUGGAGCCCUAGGAUAUGUCCUAGGAUCAUCCAUGAAUGUACCUGAUUAAAAAUGGACCUGUUUCCAUUCUUCCUAGUUCAUCCUCUAUCUGCCGUGCUGUGAGUUAGCAAGCAUUCUCAUGGGGGACUGCUGUGUCUUGUAAGUCCCAGACAAACUUCAUUUUGCUGGAAAAAGCCAGUGCCACUAUCCCAAGGUCCUUGCAAAAAGAAACAGAUGUAGCCUUCCCUUAGUUUUAAAUAAAUGCCAUGAUAAAACAAUACCUAAACCAAUGUAAAUGUGGAGGCUUUUCGUCUGAAACUUGAGGUUUGUUGGCCUUUGUCAUAACUGAGGAAUUUAAUACUGAGAUUUCAGUUAAUCCUAAAAAUAGCUGUAUCAUAAGAAAAGGAGGUGAGUUUAGAGAGGCCUUGGUAGCUAUUGGCACACGUUCUUCUUGACUUUGUAUGUUUUUAUUGGAUUCUUUCUGCCUUUCCUGGCCACUAGCAAUACCUCCUAUAAAAGAUGCAGUCAGUAUGGUAGCCUUCUGAAUGAAGAAAUAUACAUGGAAUGUCUUUAUCUCUGUGGGAAAUUGUAAGCUUAUUCUGCUUUCUUAAAAAAGAAAAGAAAAAGAUUUCUUACCUAAUAUGCUGUUUGAACUAAA